ACACAAUUAAGUUGUGAACGAGAAAUGAAUUGUGGUUUUUGUGACCAACUUUUGAGUGUCAAAAGUGGUGUUCAAUUGUUUUGAUUGAAUGCAACAAAUAGUUGGCAUUCAAUUGAAUAGCAAUUAAUUUAAUUAUAUUUAACCCAAAUAUAAGUAUUGAAUUGAAUGCGAAAUUGUGUGCAAAAAAUGGGCAAAAGAGUGAAUGUCGUGAAAGCGUUGACCGAAAGCCAAAUCGGUUUAAUCCGAUCCCCAUAUCGACAGUCGCUUCAAAUCAUGCAUUCAUUGAUUAGAAAUAAAAGCACACGAUUUGAGAAGAUAUGGUCCGAGACAUCAAAACAGCCCAUCGUUUACGACGAAUCACGAAUAUAUCUCAAUAAUUAUACCCAAUGUCUAGCGCUGUGUGGAAAAGACGGUUUGCCUUCAAAUCAAUACCGGCUUCAGAAGAAUACUAAAAUCAAGAGAUUUGAAGACAUAUUCAUUCACAGCGGACCAGUUAAAUGUACACCACUUCCUCGCGAUGACUAUAAGCCAUACUUUUUGGCCGUCACUUCAGAUAAUUGGCUCAUUAGAUACGAUAAUGUGAGCGGAAAAAAAAGCACUCGAUUUGAGAAGAUAUGGUCCGAGACAUCAAAACAGCCCAUCGUUUACGACGAGUCACGAAUAUAUCUCAAUAAUUAUACCCAAUGUCUAGCGCUGUGUGGAAAAGACGGUUUGCCUUCAAAUCAAUACCGGCUUCAGAAGAAUACUAAAAUCAAGAGAUUUGAAGACAUAUUUAUUCACAGCGGACCAGUUAAAUGUACACCACUUCCUCGCGACGACUAUAAGCCAUACUUUUUGGCCGUCACUUCCGAUAAUUGGCUCAUUAGAUACGAUAAUGUGAGCGGAAAAGUACUGCAAGAGAUAUACUUGGGAUACGUUCAGAGGUAUAGCUUUCGUAACGUUGAUUGGGAAUCACAGGGAGAGACGAUUGUAUUGCAAUCAACGCUAUUCCCAGCCGUCAAUAACAGCUCUCCGAACCCCAAAAAGCUUCGUGUGGUUCAAGCGAUGGCCAUCUUUAAGAUAAUGCCCAUUAGAUUCGUCGGACUCUUUGAAGUCGAUCAGACGACCUUUGGAAAGGAGGUGAACAGCGCUAACAUAUCAGAAGGACUUCUUAUCGUAGGAAUUGGUUCCCAAAAAAAUGCUAAAAUUCGUAUUUACAGUCUUCACGAAAUUCUUAAUCAAACGAAUCGUUUGUUUGAAGCGACUCUCGACAAGAAGUGUCCGGAAUUGGGCGGAAAGACCGGUCAAUACCCGUUUGGACUGCCAUUAAAUUAUAAGAUCAAAACCGCUCCACCGGUUCUGUUUGAAGUGAAAUGCAGUGAACAGAACCUGCAUUUCGGAGGCCAUCCGUGGCAUUACGUGACCAACCCUUCCAACAGUUCCGGAGUGUUUGAAGUGCGAAACGUUGCGACCAAUGAAUUGGCAGAAAACGGUCGCUUCGAUGUCCCAAACAAUACAACAUUUGCCGAUACAUUGACUUUCCAUACGGACGACACGGGAAGACUUGUCUACGAAUCGGGAAAUUAUAUUAAAUUUUAUAAAAUCUUUAGCGAAAAGUGUUUGUCGUCUAUUCGACAACAGUUUGAGCUGAAGGUUAGAUCUAAUGACAAGAAUGGCGUAACGAAUGGCACCGAAACCACGACACGAGUUAACGGUCGACGCGAAGCGACUAAAAACCGCCAAAUUGUUGCCACAGAUUUUGAAAAUGAAUUGGAAAUGUAUUUAUAUUUGGGAAUCAAUACUCAGUCCAAUAAGAAUAAUAACGGAGUGAUGACUAUUUGUGACAAUAAAACUGGAGAUAUAUUACACGAGUUUUCGUUAGGACUUACACUAAAUGAAAACUCCGACUAUACACUAGUGAUGGAUUUGGACACAAUCAUAAUCACGUGCAAAGAGAUCCUCACCAAUAAGUUCUAUUGUUAUAUCUUCAGAAUGACCAGAGAUUCAGACAUUGAUUUACUAAAAGUGAAUGGUAAGGAUUGUGACGAUAAACCCGAUAAUGAAAAGACCACUCCUAAGAAACGGAGGAAAAAAGUCCGAAAAUAUUAUUAAAUUUCUUACGACGUCUUGUAUUGACCGACAAUUUUAUAGUCAUUUUUAAUAUCGUU